AUGAUUUUUGUGUAAGAGUAAUAAAAUUUAUAUGAUAAGAAGGUUCAUGGAAUCUAAAAGUUCAUAAUAAUUAAAAAUUUUAUUAAUGAUAUUAUAAGCUAAGUCUCUAUUUUGGAAAAAAAAGUUUUAUAUCUUUAAGAAAUGAGAUUUAGAAUUAGAACAAGACGCUAUGAAAAAAUUAACAAAUCCUAAAUAAUCUAAAUAUUAUAUUUGGAUUUUUCAAAUAAGUAAUGA